GGAGGAGCAGACCGCGCCGCUAUUUCCCCGUCAACUCGUUCGUAGCAGAAAAUUUGGCUUUGUCACUGUAUUUUUUAAAUGGUAUUGAACUGUCACAGCCAAGAAAGGCGCCACAAGCGUCGUCAAAGAACAGUAUUUGUAGCGCGAAGACGGGAGGUCGCCUUGGUAUCCUCAGAUUAUUAUUUCUAGUGCAGACGAAUGAGGUUGCUCGGGCGAAAGAUUGGUCGCACCACUGUUUCAGUGUACAAUAUGCUUUAAGUGGUCGUUCUGUGUGACCACCCCGUGUGCAUAAAACGCUUCACCGUAGACUGUUGUAAGUUCGCAGCAGGUGCUAUGCAACGCGCUUAAAUGACUCCUAUUCUGCUGCUUCCAGCCUGUGUGGCUAUUGGCACAGGGUGGUUAUAUCUUCUCACUACAUUCCUUCCGAGCAUCGGCCACGAAGAUUAUGUGGGUCGCCUAAAGUUUCCCAGUAGUCACCAAGAACUGAAAGAAUUAGCGGAGCUACUGAGUGCGUACAAAGAGCAACACGCGGCUUAUGUUUUUGUGCUAUUUUCAUCGGCAUACUUGUACAAGCAAACGUUUGCCAUUCCGGGAUCAGUUUUUCUGAAUGUCCUGGCUGGUGCACUGUUCGGCGUCUGGAAAAGUUUUUUGUUGACUUGCCUGCUUUCCGGAAUAGGCGCAUCACAGUGCUAUUUGCUGUCCAAAUUGUGUGGCCAAAAGUAUGUUGUGGCCUACUUUCCCGAUAAAGUAAAGCUUUUACAAGACAAGGUCAAGGAAAACAGAGAUCGCCUCCUGUAUUGGCUCCUCUUUUUGCGCUUAUUCCCAAUGACACCAAACUGGUUUCUCAACAUCGCGUCUCCAGUUGUUGGUGUUCCACUGCACCUGUUCUUCAUAUCAGUUUUCAUUGGCUUGAUGCCUUACAACUUUAUAUGUGUGCAGACAGGCUGCAUACUUUCAGAGUUGAAGUCCAUGAAUGACAUACUCACGUGGACUACAAUGGCCAAGAUGGCAGCUAUUGCGGGAGUUGCACUUUUACCAAGCCUUCUGAUGAAAAGAGGUGCCAAGAAAGAGUGAUAUAUAUGAACUGACAACUAGACUUAACCUUCUUCAUUCAGAAUUCAUUUUUCUCAAGUUGGUGUUUUGUGCAAUCCCAUUAAAAUAUAUAUGAGUA